AUGAUUUCAAAAAUUUCUCGCUUUUUUGUGCGCAAUAAAAACAAACUAAUAAUCACUGGUUGUGUGGUUGGAGGUGCCAUUCUGGCCACAAGAUAUGCUCAUCGAAAGCUGCGUGCUUGGCAAGAGAAACAGAGUUUAGAGUUCAUAGAACGAACCAAGCAAUCCCAACAUUUUGAUGGUACCGAACUCACUUGCAAUCAAACUAUUAUGUCUUUAGCUCCUCAGUUAUGUGAAGCAGUAUGCAAAUGUGUUAUGACUGAAGACAUAAUAGCAGAACUAAAAACUAAUCCAGACAACAAAGUUAAAUUGUGGUCUGAUUUGAAAAUUCAUGCUUUUUCUAAAGUUGCAAGUUUAGUUUAUACUUCUUCCGUAUUUGUUGUAACAUUGCGUGUUCAGUUGAGCUUACUAGGUGGCUAUGUUUAUAAAGAUUCAAAAAAUGGGACUUGCAAUGUUGAUCGUGACAUGCAAGCGCGUUAUUUGUCUUUAUGCCAUAAUCUAUUAGGAGAAGGUGUAAGAGGAAUAUGUAAAAUUAUUGAAGAUAAUGCCGCUGUAGCAAAGGACCCGCGGAAUCCUCUAGCUGAUAUAAGCAAAUUUGUUCUUCCUACAACGGAUAUGAAUUCACCUUUAUUUUCAACCAUGAUAGCAGAGACUAGGGAUCUUCUAGAGACAGAAGAUGUAAAAUCUUUAUUGACUCUUGGAGUGAGUCAGGGAUUUGCAACAAUGAUGGAUCACAUUGCUGAGAACUUUAUACCUGAGGAGAAAAUUGUUGAAGUUGAAUUAAAAAAUGAGUUUGUUAAUAUGAAUAAAUUACAAAUACCAAUGGCAAAGAUGAUACCCAUUGUAAACGGUCUUGUAGGUAAAACCUCAGAAGUGUUAGUAGAGAAACUAAUUGCUAUUGAUAGAAUAAAGGUAUUAGGGGCUAAUGUUUAUGAAACUUUUUGUCAUUAA